AAUGAUUUUUUUAAUACAAUUGGUUCGAAUAUUUUGAGAACGAAUGUUUCAGCACAAGGGGAGUAACUCCGCUGGUAAUUCUGUGUACAAAUUUGUCAGAAUUUGUUCCAUCAAAUACCCUUCGAAAUGCUGUCAAAGCUACUGUUGAAUAGCAAGGGAACUCAUUCAAAACAGAUCUUUAGAGGACUGACACAACUUUCAGGUCUAAAUGAUGUGGUCAUAGCAAGUGCAGUGCGUACUCCAGUAGGAUCUUUCCUGGGAAGUCUUGCUCCACUUCCUGCUACAAAACUUGGCUCCAUCGCCAUACAGGGUGCCAUUGAAAAAGCCGGAAUUCCAAAGGAUGCUGUACAGGAGGUCUAUAUGGGUAAUGUGUUACAGGGUAUGGAAGGACAGGCCCCAUGUAGACAGGCAACACUCGGGGCAGGGUUACCAAUAACAACACCAACUACAGCCAUCAACAAGGUGUGUGCAUCUGGUAUGAAAUCUGUCAUGAUGGCAGCUCAGAGCAUUAUGUGUGGAAGUCAGGAAGUGAUGGUGGCCGGGGGUAUGGAGAGUAUGUCUAAUGCACCAUACUACAUGAAGAGAGGGCAGACACCAUACGGAAAGGUGGAGCUUCUUGAUGCAGUGGUGUUUGAUGGGCUUACAGAUGCAUAUGGAAAAUUUCACAUGGGUAUAUGUGGUGAGACUACAGCCAAAAAAUUCAACAUUGGUCGUGAAGCACAAGAUUCAUAUGCUAUAAGGAGUUACAAACUUACGAGGGAAUCAGCUGAGGCGGGAAUCUUCAAAAAUGAGAUAGUUCCAGUACAGAUCCCUCAGAAAAAGGGAGACCCAAUCACUGUAUCAGAAGAUGAGGAAUACAAAAAGGUCAAUUUUGACAAAGUGCCUUCACUCAAGGCUGUUUUCCAAAAAGAUGGGACCAUAACAGCAGCAAAUGCCAGUACUUUAAAUGAUGGUGCAGGUGCCAUAGUUCUCAUGUCUGCUAAAGCUGCUGAGAGACAUGGAGUUAAACCGCUUGCCAGGAUUCUUGGCUUUGCUGAUGCAGCUAUUGAACCAAUAGAUUUUCCUACAGCCCCAGCACAUGCUAUACCAAAGGUUUUAGAAGCAACUGGUGUGAAAAGUGAUGAUAUAACUAUGUGGGAGAUCAAUGAGGCUUUCAGUGUAGUGGUACUGGCAAAUAUACAGAUGCUGAACUUGGACAUAAACAAAGUCAAUAUACAUGGUGGAGCUGUCAGCCUCGGUCAUCCUAUUGGGAUGUCUGGUAACAGGAUUACAACACACAUGGUGCAUGCCCUGAAACCAGGAGAGAAAGGAUUGGCAGGCAUUUGUAACGGGGGCGGAGGAGCAUCAGCCAUCCUCAUUGAGAAAUUAUGAACAAAGUAACUGUGAUAAGUUUGGAAAAAAACUUACCAUUUAAUAAGUAUACUCAGUGAAACAAAGUCAGAUCUGAUUGGCUGACAUAGAGAUUUACAUCUGAUUUUGUAUUCAUGUGUGCAAAUUUCAUUUUGAUGUGACCUUAUAAUACUGCUGUGAUUAAAGAAUUUGUGACACAUUCAUUCAUUUUGGGAAACAGGGAUACAAAACAGUGAAACUACAUUGGUUUGUGAUUUUUUUUCUCAAGUAUGUGGUAGAUGGUAGAUAAGGCAUAGCUGGUUUGGAACUGGACAAGUUUAAAGUGUGUUAGCAAGUUUAUUAUGCAAUCGACAUUAUAACAUGCCUUUGGCAAGGUGUAAGAUUGUAAUUUGCUGUCUACUCUUCAUAGACUCAUACCUCAUUUACCAGUAAUCUUUGUUUUAUAACCUUGAAUUGUUACAAUGUAUUUAUUCCUACUUUGAUUGUGCAUAUGUCAUUUUGAUUUUUACUUUAUUGGUAAAACAUAGAAAAAUUUAAAAACAAAUAUCAGGGCCUCCUCUGGGUUUUUCAUACUUGUCGCCAACCUUUUCGCCAAUUUGAAAAAGUUGGAGCCACUUUAGAGCCAUUUUUGAGCCAAAGUUCUGAGCCACUUUUAUUUCUCUUAGUUGGCUAUCAUAGUGUGCAUAGAGAAAUAAAAUAUUGUAAAUAAUUUCAUUAGGAAUAAUAACAAGUUUUGAAGGUGCAUUAGUUUAUUGUAGAAGUAAUUUUUAUUUUUAUAGCUCUUUGGUCAGAAUUACCAAUUUUUCAGGACUCAUUUAUUUUCGGAAAGGAAAAUUCGGAUUUUUUUCUAUUCUAAAAGGUCGAGUUGAACACUUGUCUAAUGAUUUUUAAGAAGCCAUGGUAGCAAGUGAUAUCUUCCAGCUUCUGAACAUUGCAAAGAAAUUAACCAGGUCCAGGAUACAAAUUGAGGUCGAUGUGUUUUUGUUUUCGGAUCCAUCGUUAAAAUCUUUUAUGAAAACUGAGGAAUUACAAAAUUAUCUUGCAAAAACUAACAAAUUAAAUGUAUCGUUCGUACUUAUUUAAAAUUUGUCAGUCAUACAACUGCAUGCCACAAACAUGUCGAUCUUUUUUUUUUUUUUUUUGUAAAAAAUCGCAACACAUAAAGUACACCGUAAUCGGCGUUAAUUUUGGUGAAUUCUCGGCAGAGGUCAAACAUACUAGCUGGCAGAUGUUUUGAUUACUGGUUAAUCAUCAAUUCACACAUUAUUACGCAAUUAUCUUCUCAAAGUGUCAACCAACUUCAGUAGUCCAAUUGUCAACACCGCCUAGACUGGUUAUCGAUUUUAUUCACUACCAGCGUCUAGGUAAACACGUGUAUCGGGAACCAAUUAUUGGGCCGCUUAUAUCACUACGGAAAAAACAAAUGCCGAGGAAAAAAACUAUGCGCCACUUAUUUUCGCCAGUUCGCAAAAUUUAGCGCCAAAUUCUUAAAAUUAUCGCAAAUGGCGACAUUGGCGAUCGACAGCGGAGGCCCUGAAUAUGACUUCAAAAUUUUAACGAGGAUGUUGUUUUUAAAGUAAUGAAAGUAUCCUGAAAAUCCAUUUGAUAUAUGUUAAAAAUUGAUAGUAAAUGUAGCCAUAUUUUAUGUACUUUGAUGUAUUGACAGUAUUGUUUAAAAAAGAUAUUAAUGAAACAGACAUUAAAUUGUUAAAAAUACUUGACAAUCUUAGACUAUGUUUCUGUGACAGGAGUAGAUUUACCUUAAAUUUCUGUUAAAGAUAUAAAGAGAGAGUUGCUGGAUAUGACAUACUUUUAUAUACAAUAAACCUUAAUUAAAUCUA